AUGGCCGGCGCGUAUUACCCCCCGGCGCCCUACGCGGCGCCGGCGACGCCCGACGACUUCGCCGACUACAUGUGGAUAGAGAACGAGGAGGAGUUUGACAAACAGGUGAUACAACAGUUGGAGGAGGAGGCGUUGAUGGAGCAGUGUAUAGAGGCGAUGUUGGAGGACGAGCAGAGGGAGAGGCGCAGGCCGAACGGGCACCAUCAGUAUCCCACAACCAGCAACGGUGCUUCAUCGCUGUCCCUCGAGGAGACCGUGGCCCGCUCUCGCCUCAACCCGCUCGCCGCCGAGUUUGUUCCCACGGCCGCCGUCACUAGGACUGUUACAGAAGAGAAACGAGACCCGCCGGAGACUCCGAGCGCGGAGUCCCAGCAGUCGGAGCAGGAGGAACAGAAACCCGAGGAGGCUGAACAGCUCACAGACACACAUACAGACCCGCAGAUAGAACCCACGCCGCCCCCCACGGACCCGCCGGAAGUGUCCGCGGCGGACGUUCAGACAGACGACAAGCGGAAAGACAAACACAACAAGAGAUCUGAGCCGAAGAGAGCGGUCAGAGACAACAAGGCUAAAGGGAAGGCCGCGCAAGUUAAAGAGGCGACUAAGGUCGGGAAGAAGGAGGAGAGGCGAGAGGGGAGGGUGGGCAACAGCGGAGACGACAGCGAUGGGGAUGGUCAGCCCCAACCGGCCCCAGUGGAAGAGCAAACCGGCCCCAAACCCCUAAACCACGCGGCGGCCGCCUAAGCGAACGAACCCAAAAAGCCCAGCACGCCGCCCGCCGCGGAGAAGACGUCGCCCGUCCCCACCGCUGGCACCAAACUUGACAAGAAGAAGGUCGACAAACCCGUGCAGAGGAAGAAUUCGGCCAAGUGAGAGAGAUGGAACGAUUGUAAGUUUGUGAAAAGGAUAGGGACGGAAUGAGUGUUCGGUUUUUUUUUAUCUGCCGAUUGUUUUUGUGUUUCGAAUUGUUUUUAAGGGAAGCUGUAGUUUCUAUGCGAUGUAGGUUAUUUUGUGUAAUCGAAUAAUAA